CUUACUCAAUUAAAGUACGAGUAUCCAAGCGUAUUUAUAUACCCGCGAUACUGGCAGACAGGCGUUCCGUACAAAGAUUAGAUAAAUUUACACAGCACACCAUAGUGUUCAGCUUAGAGCAGAACCGAUAAGAAUAUUUUGCUUGCUAUAAAACCGACCUAAGGACGUAAUCCAAUAUCAACCAUGGAUCAGCCACUACCGGCAACGUUGAGCAAACUGUUUAGCCAUAUAGAUGCCCACAAGUCUGAUUACAUUGAGGCUCUCAGGGAGGCUGUUGCAAUAAAAUCCGUCUCAGCAUGGCCCGACAAAAGGAACGACAUAGUGAGAAUGAUGAAGUGGGCAGAAAAAAAGCUAAAGGAAUUGGGAUCUACAACAGAACUUGUGGAUAUUGGAAAGCAAACACUUCCCGACGGCAAGCAGAUUCCCCUGCCACCAAUUCUGCUGGGAGAUCUUGGCUCCGACCCAAAAAAGAAGACCGUACUUUUGUACGGACAUCUAGACGUUCAGCCGGCUUUAGUCGAAGAUGGUUGGGACACCGAGCCAUUUGAAUUGGUCGAAAAAGACGAAAAACUUUACGGUAGAGGAAGUACUGACGACAAAGGUCCUGUCCUUGGAUGGAUUCAUGCUUUGCAAGGAUAUAAGGCUAUCGGGGAAGAAAUCCCAGUUAAUAUAAAGUUCUGUUUUGAGGGCAUGGAAGAGAGCGGAAGCGAAGGUCUUGACGAGCUCUUGUGGGAUCGUAAAGAUACGUUCUUGAAGGGUACCGACUAUGUAUGCAUUUCGGACAAUUACUGGCUGGGUACGACAAAGCCCUGCAUAACAUACGGUCUCAGGGGUAUCUGCUAUUUUAACCUGGAGGUCAGCUGUGCGAGCAAAGAUCUGCACAGCGGGACUUUCGGCGGUACUGUAUAUGAAGCUAUGGCCGAUCUGAUCUUCCUAAUGAACACGUUAGUGGAUAUCGACGGUCGAAUUAAAAUCGAUGGCAUCUACGACAAAGUUGCUAAGAUCACAGAUGCUGAACUCGAAAGCUACAAGACAAUAGAAUUUGAUGUGGAUGAAUUCCGUACGCAGGUUGGAACGUCCAGGUUGGCGCACAAUGAGGACAAGACGCAACUAUUGAUGCACCGCUGGCGCUAUCCAAGCCUUUCUCUACAUGGUAUCGAAGGAGCUUUCAGUGAGCCUGGGGCAAAGACUGUGAUACCACGAACGGUGAUUGGCAAAUUUUCGAUAAGAAUAGUGCCAGACAUGACCCCGAACGAGGUUGAGUCACUGGUGCGACGUCAUUUGGAAAAGCAAUGGGUGACUAGAGGCAGUCCCAACACAAUGAAAGUCAGCAUGGGUCAUGGUGGAAAACCAUGGACAGAGAAUCCGGAUCACCCGCACUACCUAGCCGGUCGUAAAGCAACGAAACACGUCUACAAGGUUGAUCCGGAUUUGUCGCGUGAGGGUGGUUCCAUUCCUGUGACGCUAACUUUUCAAGAAGUGACUGGUAAGAACGUUCUCCUAUUGCCGGUUGGCUGUGGCGAUGAUGGUGCACAUUCCCAAAACGAAAAGCUCAACGUGCGCAACUACAUAGAAGGCACAAAGUUACUUGGAGCUUAUCUCUACGAAGUUGCUCAACUACAACACUAAAUCUUCCUAUAAGUCUAUGAACGCGUAUCGAGGAAUACACUGAUACUCUUACGUCCCGAUUUAUGAAUAUUAUGAUAUUAUCAAAAUGUAUCGAAUUAAACAUAUCGCAUGUAAUGGUUUAAGGAAGUAUACGCCCUUAUACCGUUAUGUUCGAUAUUAUUUUUUAAGAA